AUGUUCUCCAAGGCUACCGCCAUUCUGGCACUUGUUGCCAGCGCAACCGCGCACAUGACCCUCAACUACCCUGUCCCAUAUGGCAAGGCCACGCUCAACAGUUCUCCCCUCGCCCCUGGUGACUGGCCUUGCAAGCAGCGCUCUGGUGUCUACGAUGUCACUACGAUGAACCAGUGGAACGCUGGCGAGACUAAGGAUGUAUCCUUCACUGGGUCUGCUGUUCACGGCGGUGGCUCUUGCCAGUUCUCCCUCACCACCGACUCUAACCCUACAGAGGCUUCUCAAUGGAAGGUCAUCCACAGCGUUGUCGGAGGCUGCCCAUCGAACGUCAGUGGCAACAUCGAGCCCGAGGACCCCAACGGUCACAAUGCCGCUAUCUUCCCCGUUACCAUGCCCACAUCCAUGCCCGAUGGCUUGUACACUUUUGCUUGGACUUGGUUAAACAAGGUCGGCAAUCGCGAGUUCUACAUGAACUGCGCUCCUGUCCAGGUUGGCGACUCUGGCGCCACUGCUUCAGCCGCCAACGCCGCCUCUGCCCUCGGCGCUCUUCCCGACAUGUUCGUCGCCAACCUUCCCGACACUUCUUGCAGCACCAAGGAGAACGAGGACUUCAACUAUCCCGACCCUGGCCAGUCCCUCGUUGAUGGUGCCAGUGCUGACCUCGGUAACGAUCUUUCUGGUGCUGGCUGCGCUUCCAUGACCAAGAUGGGUGCUGGCAACGGAAAAAUUGGCACUCCAACUGGCGGUGCCGGUGCUGGUUCUUCUGCACCCGCUGCCACCUCAGCUGCUGCAUCUGCUCCUGCUGUCUCCGCCCCAGCUGCCUCCUCAGCUCCCGGCUACUCUGCUGCUCCCAUUGCUUCAGCCGCUCCCUCUGCCGUUGUCUCCGUUCCCGGCGUCUUCGCUCCUGGUGCUUCCUCUGCGCCCGCGUCCUCUGCGCCCGCUGCUACCAUGCCUGUUGCGUCUGCUACUCCUGUCGCCUCCGCCGCCCCAAGCACUCCCGCUACCAGCGAGGACUGCACUCCCUGCACCAAUGACGGUGCUGUCGUCUGCAUUGGCACCAGCUCUUUCGGUCUCUGCAACCGGGGCUGUGCUGUUACUCAGGCGCUCGCCGCCGGCAUGGCCUGCACUGACGGCACCAUCGUCGCUGCCGCUGCCAAGCGCUCUUUCCCUCGUGCGCACCUUCACAGGCGCCACGGCUCU